AAUUAUAAUAUUAAAACUGCUUAUAACAGUAACUUUCAGCAAAACUACAUUGUGAUAAAAUAUGAUUUAGAAACCCAACAUGAGUAUUCUUUUGAGUAGUGAUGCAGGCUGGCUUAUAGAUCAAGAAAAUUUUAUAAAUCUUAAUAUUAAGUCUAUCAAAUGUGAUGGAAUUUCAAAAAGUUUUAUCGUUAACCCAUCUUUGUUUAAUAUAAAUUCACAAUUUUUAAGACCAAAUCAGCAAGAGCAGUCUGAAGAUAAUAUAAAACCUAAAAAGAGAAAACUGUCCUGCAAAACAUUCAUCGAUACGUGUAAUUUAAAUGAGACUAUUCUAUUAGUUCAACUAAAAUUAGUUGAAAUUAUUAAACAAGCAAGACAAUUAGGAUAUAUCAGUACAUUUCAUGGUUCUGCAAAAGAUGAAAAUAAAUCUGCAAAAUUAUUUUCAAAUGAAUUUUACAAGGAAACAUCUUCCAUUGAUUUUGCUAAAUAUUCUAAGGGUGGAAAUAACUCCAGUGAUAAUUUACUUGUGAUAUUAAAUGAUGAAAAAUUUAUUAUACCUGCAAAUUGCAACUUCUAUAGUUACGAUAUUAGAGAAAUGAAGAACCACUUAGACUUUUCGAUACAGUAUGAUUUGAUUGCACUGGACCCUCCUUGGUGGAAUAAACAUAUCAGAAGGAAAAAAUCCCAAGGAUUAGGAUUAAGUUAUAAUAUGCUUGAAAACUCAGAACUACUAAAUUUGCCCAUUAAAAAACUUUUGAAACAUAAUGGAAUUGUUUUAAUUUGGUGUACUAAUUCACCAAGCCACUUGACUUAUAUAAACGAUGUUCUUUUUCCUGAAUGGAAUUUAACAAAAGAAGCUAUUUGGUAUUGGGUUAAAAUAACAAAAGAUGGUAAACCUAUAUGUGAUUUUUCAAAACCGCCUGUUAAGCAACCAUUUGAACAAAUAAUAAUUGGCCGUUUUAAUGCUGGAAAUAUAAUCAAUGAUGAUUGCGAUUUCAAAAUAAUACCAGAUCAAAAAAUUAUUGUAAGCGUACCAAGUGCUUUGCAUUCGCAUAAGCCAAAUUUAACAGAAAUAUUGACACAGUUUUUACCGGAUACUCCAAUGUGUCUGGAGUUGUUUGCUAGAAGUCUUCAAAGAAAUUGGACAUCAUAUGGAUUCGAACCGUUAAGAUUACAACAUAUAAGUCUUUUCAAACAAGAAGCUGAUUAG